GCACGCGCACAGCCCGCGUCUUUGUCCCGCAGAUCAUGGCUCGGUUCUGGGCUCUUUGGACCGGGAUCCUCGUCCUCUUCACAGCCUGUCCUCCAGCUGCUGUCCAGUCUUUCAGCACCCUGAGGUACAACCUGUGUAAGUGGUGUGAGGUGUCCAGUCCGGUGUGUAAAGACAACAUUUGUCUCAGUAAAUGCAACCUGUCCUCCUUCUGCACCAUCACUGAGGAGAUCUGCAUCGCCAUAUGGAGGAAGACCAACAACAGCAUGACAGUACACACAAUGUGUCACAACCCACUUCUGCCACUAGACAGUGUUGACCCCAACCUGCUGCUGAACUUCACCUCCAGAGAAUGUCAUAUGGUCCCACAGGUGGUUGAGGAAGGAGCCAUGAUGGUCUGUGGCUGCCAGGGGGAACAUGAAUGUAAUGACAAACUCAUCUUUGACAACGGAGCCAAUGGUUUCUCCAGGUUACAGAGUAAGGAUGUCAUUCCAGUGGUGGUGAUCAGUUUGGUGCCUCCUAUCCUGGUGGCCAUAGCUGCUACCGUUGUCUUCUACUUCUACCGAAUACGCUGCCCCAAUAAAUCAAGUCAUCCUGCACCUCCUGAGUGGCCCACUAAACACUCCCCAGAACUCUACCAAGCUUUGGACUUGCCACAUGAGGGAGCAGGCUGUAGGGCUAAGGGUGGAGGAGGAGGUGUAACUGGUCCCAGAGUUGAACAUUCAGGCCAAGUGGCUGAACUGCUGCCAAUCAAACUGGAUAUGUUAGUGGGGAAAGGGCGCUUUGCUGAAGUGUGGAGGGCACGCCUGCUGCAGGGCCAGAACAGCGGAGUUGACAGCUACGAAACUGUGGCCGUGAAAGUGUUUCCAGCCAUGGAGUAUGCCUCCUGGAGAAACGAGUGCUCCAUCUUCUCUGAAGCUACACUGCAACAUGACAACAUCAUUCAGUUCCUGGCAGCUGAAGAGAGGGGCCCACCUGGAAAGACCUACUGGCUGGUGUUAGCCUAUUACAGUCUGGGAAAUUUGCAAGACUACCUCACAGCGAACGUACUGAGCUGGGAGGAGCUAGUUUACAUGGCAGGAAGCAUAGCAAGAGGAUUAGCUCACCUGCACUGUGACACAACAUGCAGCGGAGAACCAAAGCUGCCAGUUACUCACCGAGACCUAAAGUGCAGCAAUAUUCUGGUAAAGAACAAAAAGGAGUGUGCACUGUGUGACUUUGGUCUGUCGUUGAGGUUGGACCUGUCACUGACUGUUGAUGACUACGCACACAGUGGACAGGUAGGAACAGCUCGCUACAUGGCUCCUGAGGUACUGGAGUCCAGGGUGAACCUGGAGGACCUUGAGGCCUUCAAGCAGAUGGAUGUUUACUCCAUGGCUCUGGUCCUAUGGGAGAUGGCCUCUCGCUGUGAAGCAACUGGAGAGGUGAAGAGCUAUGAACCGGUGUUUGGCUCAAAGGUUUGUGAGCAGCCCUGCGUGGACAGCAUGAGAGACCUGGUACUGAGGGACCGAGGACGACCGGACAUCCCCUCAACGUGGACGCAGCACCAGGGGAUGAGCGUCUUCUGUUCCACCAUCACAGAGUGCUGGGAUCAUGACCCCGAGGCCAGGCUGACUGCUCACUGCGUGGUGGAACGCUUCACUGCCCUGCAGCAGGACGAGGAAGAUGCAAAGGCAGAAGACCAGGGUGAGGAGGACAGAGAAAGACAGACAUGAGAAGACAAGAAGACACUGAAAUGGCAAAGACAAAGAAAAGGACAAAACUCAGAGACUUUGAAUAAUAACAACUCC